AUGGUGCUAGAGGUUGUUGCAUCUCAAGAUCUUUGGAUAUGGCAUUCUUUCUUCGGUAUGCCUGGAUCGUACAAUGAUAUAUCCGUUCUUGACCACUCGUCGCUUUUCGACAGGUUCAUUCAAUGUCAAACACCAAACAUUUCGUACGAAGAAGCGGCAAGAAAGGAUGUCGAAAGAGCUUUCGGUGUGUUGCAAUCAAAAUGGGCAAUAACUCAGGAUCCGGUUCGAUUUUGGGAUGAAGAAACUGUCACAAAUAUUAUGAACUGUUGCAUUAUUCUUCAUACUAUGAUCAUCGAAGAUGAGCGGCAUUUGAAUAUCGAACCAUGGCAGCCUGUUCUCGGUGAAGUAAUGCCAUCCGACCUACUUGAGCAUGAUGAAGGGCUGCUGGGAUGUUUCAUAUCUUCACGCAUGCAGCAAGUUCGUGAUAGGUCCGUCAAUGGUAGGCUUCGAAAUGACCUUAUGAUCCAUCUUUGGAAUAAUUUUGGUGGAGAGACUGCCCAUAUGUAA